ACGCGCUGUGGACUUUUUGUAGAUCCACAUACUAAAGCCUACACUGAGUUGAGCUGCCAUCUUGCGUCAUGGGUGAUCAAGAUAUCAAGAUAAACCUUGGCUCCAGGGUCUUUGUGGCCAAUCUCCCUACAGAUCAGUUGGACAGGGAGGAGCUUAUAAAGAGAUUUGAAAAAUAUGGACAAAUUUCUGAUACAUUCAUGAAGAAAGGAUUUGCCUUUAUCCAGUAUGGUUCAGCCCAAGAAGCACAGGAUGCCAUCAGGAGUGAAUCUGGACAGACAAUUUUCGGCAAGAAAAUAGAAUGCAGUCUUGCUAAGCGGAAACCAGGAGAGGAAAAGCCUGGAGGAGGUGGAGGAGGAGGAGGAGGAGAAAGAGGAGGAGGAGGAGGUGGUGUUGGGUCUAACAAUCUCUCAAACUCUACAGCUGCAAUACUUGCCCGAGAGAAGGGUGAUCCAGGUGAUAGUCGGUACCCUCCUCCUGCUAGUUCCUCAAGCGCAUAUGAUGAUUACUACCGAGAUAAAUACAGGGAUUAUGAUCCAUACGGUCCCUAUGGCAGAGACCCACCUCCACGCAUGAGAGAGCGAGAGCGUUCACCACUCAGGGACAGAGAGCGAGACCGUUAUGAUGACAGAUACAGAGACAGCUAUGACAAGUACUACAGGGAUGACCCAGCUCGGCGUGAUCUAGAUCGUUAUCCAGAUGACAGGAGGGAUCCCUACGAUCGCCCUCCUCCUCCAUUCUCAUCACGUGACCGUGAACGGGAUCGCGAUGCUCGAGAUCGGGACCUACGUGACCCCCUGCGUGACCCUCUACGAGACCCGCUCCGUGACCCGAUCCGUGACCCAAUCCGUGACCGUGAUCCUCUUCGUGAUCCAAGGGACCGUGAUCCGCGUGACGAUCCGUACUACCGUGAUGACCCGUAUCGGCGUGAUGACCCUUACUACCGAGAUAUUGACAGGGAACGCGAGAGGGAAAGGGAAAGGGAAAAGGACAGAGAUAGAGAUGGCCUUUCUUACAGGCGGGACCCCUACCGCGACCCCUUCUCCAGGGACAGAGAUGCCGCUGUGGACCGGCGACCACCGGCUCCUGCUGCACCUGCUCCUGCUCCUGUUGCUGCUUCCUCUCCGGAGUACCUGCCGCCGGUUGCAGGCAAGCCAGUGGAUUGCGAGAUCCUUGUACUCAACAAGCAGCAGAGAGGAUAUGCUGAGAUGGUAGAGCGACGGCUGAAAGCUGUGGGUAUCUCGACUGAUAUGAUGUUUGUUAACCCCGAGGCAUCCAUUACUGCUGUUCUGGAUGGGGCUACCCGCAAUGGCGCCCUCUAUGCUGUCAUGGUGUCCAGUCAGCAUGAAGUCCAUCGCUCUCUGACCCUGAAUAUCCUACAUGGCACACCACAAGAACACAGGAAUAUGCCCCUUGAAGACGCCAUGAACCUUGUUACCCGUAACUUUGACCGUUACAUCCAAGAGCUGCGAGAGAAGCGUGGUUUGGUGGCUUCGGGCACGACCACGACCAAAGCGGGCGCUGACGGCCAGUCUUCCUCGGCAGAGCUAACGCUUACACAGUUGUUCAGCUUACUGGCCGAUGGUCGUCAGCUGACCCUGGCUGAGGUUGACCGGGUCAUUACAUUCCUGGAGGAUAUGCGUAACCGUAUGGCUGAAGAUCAGGGACUUCCUGUUAGAAAGAAAGAACAACCAGCUACUGCUGCUACUAAACCAGCAGACAGUGCACCAAAACAAGAGGACUUACAAGCCAAGAUAUUGAGUCUGAUCGGCUCCAAUGUGCCUGCAGCAUCUGUGGCAGCUGCUGUGUCUAAGGUCACUGCCAGCUCAGCAUCAACUCUUGCAGCCACAUCGCAACCCAUCAGACAAGUCCCCAUGCCUAACCCUACCAAACAAGGUGUAGGCCUGCUCUCUACUCCAAGUCCUCAGUCCAGCCUUGCUCACUCAAUGAUGAAUCAAAGCAAGCCUGCCAAGGCUUCUGCCCAAGUCGCCCAAGCUCCUGUUGGGAGUGCCGCAGCGACUCCUAACCCACUCAAUUUGGAUAACCCAAAUGUCAAGAAGGCCCUUGACAACCUCAUCCAGACAGGACCUACCCUCUUGCGUGGAAUCAGCGCAUCCCAACCCGCUGGGCACAAUGUCCAGCCCCCCGCUACAGCCACGUCUGGGCCAAGAAAUGCCGCUCAAGGGCAGGCCAAUCCAAACAUGAUGACCGAAGAGCAGAUCGCCAGGGCACAAGCCGAAGCCAUUCGCAAGAUGCACCAGCUCAAAGUUCCCCAGAAUAUGCAGCAGAAUAUCCAGAUGGCUGGUGCAGCUAGCCUCAUGGCUGCUGGUAUAAAUCCAAAUGCCCUUGGUCCUGGUGGCAUGACCCCUCAGCAGCUUCAAGCUCUUCAGGCCCAUAGUAUGGCCUAUAGCAUGAGGGGACAGCCCCCUCCACCACCUGUUGGUCCUCCCCCUGGUCGACCAAUGUAUUAAUUCAAUGUCUACCAUUGACACAAAUACAGGUAUGAAAAUGUCAUUUUAGUUGCUUACAGUCAUGAGCAUAGCAAGUAUAUGCAAUUACUACGUAGUCUUUUAAAACAGUUCUCUGCAUCGGAAAUGUACAUAAUUGUAACUUUUAUUGUUAUCAAAUAACUAGACUUGCACAAAGUUUAUCAAGGUUUGGUUCAGAUCUUUUGGAAGAAGUAAUUGGAUAUCCUCUUAUUGAGAGGCGUGAAAAGAGCAGCAUCAGCCUAUGCUGAUUAAAUACAAAUGUUGAGAAAGCUAACUUUUCAAUUUGGAUUCAAUUUGAUGCGCUUCAAUAUUGUCAUUUUAUUAUCAUUGCGGAUUUUUGUAUUCUGUAAAUGUUCUCAUUGUAAAUAAACUGAUUUAACUUGGUUGCCCCUUGUCCAUUACGCCCAUGUCAAGCCCAUAUUUCUUAAAUUGGGUAUGCUCUUGUAAAUAGUGCCAUCUUUUAAUGAAAAGUUCAUCAGCAUAAAGCAUGCCAUGGUUUGUCAUCUUGGAUCCCUCUAUAAUGUGGUUAGAAUGAGAGGAGUGUUUCAUUCCCAAUUUCCCCUCAUUUUCUAAGAUUAUGUUAAAAUUGUAGUUCUUUAUUUUCCAGGUCAUGAUUCUUUGUAGACUGCUUUGCAAUACAAAAUUCCAUGUGCAUAAAGCCAUGACGACUAUGAAAGAAUUGCUUUCCUGUAAUUGUAUAACGAUUAUGUUCAGUUGCUAUGUACUUUUACACAAUUACAUUUCUGUUGUAACGUCCCGUAAAAUUACUUUAAUUAGGUUAAGAUUGAUGCUACAAUGGUGGAAAUUCAUUAGAUUUUUUACGUUUUCUAUGCUUUUGUAAGUUGCUUUUGUAGUCGAUGAUUCUUCUGUAAUCUGUAUGCACUACAAACUCAAAACGUGCGCAAUGACUCCAUGUACCAUGUAAAAUAUCAUUCUCUUGCUCGGAUUGUAUAAUGAUUAUGUUCUCGUGUUGCACAUGUACAUUUCCAUUAUGUGUUGUGAAAUUUUAUAAGAAAAAGAUCAAGGUCAAUGCUACAAUGAUAGAUCCUUUAUGUUUUCCCCUGUCACCCCGUCUUUGAGAGUACCCAUUGGAAAUCAGUCAUUUUUACCUCUAUAUUAUCCUCUUUGGAAUUGCUUUUUAUACAUUUAUGAGAAUGCUUGUAAAAAUAACAUUCUGAAAAUUAUGGAGGCUUGAUUACGUAAUAUGAUACAUGUAUUUGGUAUUGAUGUUGGCUAUUGAAGUAUAGUUGUCUAAGUCUAAUCCAUUGUUUUAAUACAAUGUCAAUCAUUUUAAAAGGUGUAACUGUGAUAGUGCUUCACCAAAGUUGACCAUUCUUUUUGUCAUGAAAUUUGUCAGAAUGACCUUUCUUUUGAUGUUGUGUAGCGUAAUAAAAAUCUUGUUUCAAUUA